AUGAAGCACUGCCCGCACCUCAGUAAAGUCAGUGCCGUGGGGUCCCUUCCUCAACCCCAAACCUCGCAGUCUGGCAGUCACCAAAGAUUCCAAUCGCCCGCUGUGCCAGCGUCCUUCCACCCCUCCCCGCUAAAAAGUCAGGUCAACAAGCUGCCUCCACCUUUUACCUCAAGUGCCAACCUGGUAGUGGCUUUCCCGAGAAGAAAAAAAAUUCAUUCACAAAAAAAAACUCGGGCCUCAGAUUUUAUUCCUGGGACUUUUUCCACCUCCUCUCCCACAACCACACAUAUCCUCUCUCUGUCUCUCUCUCUCUCUCCCUCUCCUCCACAAACCUUGCCCUACCCGGUAUCCUUGUGGUCAUUCUUCCUCUGUUCACUCGUCCUGCUCGGCCGACACCUUUCUGUUCGCCCACUUUCCAAUAGCGGACAUUUCGUACACGACCAGCAAGACCCCUCAGGCCAACAGCCAAGCCCUCCUCCAAUCGAAGCCUUGCGUUUACCGUCCUCCACGUUUUCUUUGGAUCGCCGCAACCCGAGCAUCUCCGGAACGCUUCGCCUCGCUUGUCCCCUCGCAAACCAAAAAUCAUUUCGUUGA